CGUUCGUUGGUUUCGGCGGUUUGGAAAACUCUAUAUAAGACGACCAUGCUGAGGGAAGCUUUACAUUCAGUUGUUAGUCUGGGCAGCAGUUGAACUGGGAAAGCUUUCAUACCUGGGAAAUUACAGCAAAGCAGAGCUAAGGAGACUGAGUGUGUUUGAAUUGGCGAGCCAAACCGAACAGAACGAACUCUUCUUAUACAAAUCACCAUCGUGGAAACGGAUACAAACCAAAUUGUGUGUGUGUGUUUGUGUGAUACGAAACAUAAAAGUGAGCGUGAGGAAAAAGAGACAUUUUUGCGUGGACUUGUCUCACGCGCAACAGUGAGUCCCGAAUAGAAUAGAGACACUUUUGUGAGCAGUUUGAAGAGUGUGUGUGAGCUGUGUGUGUGGUGUUGCUAUUGAACGGAGCUUCGAGAACAUGAUGAUGACGCUGGACAAACUGGACACCGGCAGCAACGGGCGCCACAGACGCCACGCCGAGAGCAGCACGCCCGAACCAAUGGACGGGUACUACAUCGACAUACCGACCCCGUCCACGCGCAGCGUCUCGCCCAUGUCGGCGUCCGUUUCGCCCGGCAAGGAGAAGUCGUUCAGCUUCUUCAAGAGUGUGUACCGCAAGAUAAGCCUCAAGUCGCAGGACGCCGACGAGCUCGAUCAGCUCGGUGUGCACGGGGAGGAUGAAGACUCGCGCAGCUCGUCCGUCGAUUCUUGCUCCUCGAUCAGUGACCACCAGCAGCAGCAGCAGCGGGACCACCAGCCAACGGGCAGCAAGCGCCCCAGUGGCCGUAAGCUCCAGCUGCAGCUCUCCAACCAGGCCCUCUCGAGUGCGUCCAGCGAUUCGGGCGUCAGUGGCGAAACGGGCUCCAACACCAACAAGCGAAGCGACGAUGGCCUGGAAGAGGGUGAGCAGAGCGGUGCGGAAGGGGCGAAGGAAAACCGACGCAAAUCGAGACGUUCGUCCGUGCUGCGGCUGCUGGAAAGCUUAGCGAUCAAUGCACCGAUCCGGUCGCGAUCACUGUCCUGCAGCAACAGCUCGGUCAACAAUCUGCUCCACCUGAAGGGCCGUGAAUCGAGGGCUGAGUCCAAGUGUUCACUGUUCAGCACCAGCAGUGCCAACAAUGGAGCCAACGGUGGCGGUGAACGAUUGAGCAAAGAGUCGAACAAACCGCCGCCCAAGAAGAUCCUGCGCCGGCCCGUCUCCUACACGUAUCUGCGCGGCAUCUCCGGUUUGCCGACGCAGCGAGUGCCACGAUCGUCGGUCUGCUGCGGCUACUAUGGCCGCUGAAGGGCUAGCCAGAGUGUGCGUGAAAUGA